GAGAAAAUGGCUGAUAAUUAUCAUUUGUGUCUGCUGGGACUGAUCAUUCUCUCUUCACUUCUCACAGGUACCAGUGGAGUGGAUGAGACUCAUGUGUUCAUCAGUUCUGGUGAAAAUGUCCGUCUGCCCUGUAAUAAUGCUCUUUCUGACUGCACAUCAACUGUAUGGAACUAUAACAGUUAUUCAGCAGCAGUUGAACUGAUUGCUUUUGGGAUAAAGAAGAACGACACAGAGAGACAUGAGAGACUGAGUCUGGGGUCUGACUGCUCUCUGAACAUCAAGAACAUCUCAAAAGAAGAUUAUGGAUAUUACACCUGCCAACAAUGGACUGGUGUGAUUGAACAAAAACAAGGAACUGAUGCAAAUGUUUAUCUGCAUGUUCUUCAUGGUAAUUUUAUGAUUACUGAGAUCAGUGCAGGCCGCUCUGUGACUCUCUGCUGUCAGUUGUAUUCAUAUGAUGGAGUCUCUUGUGAUGAUUGGAUCCGUUCUGAGAGAAUUCAGCUGUUCUGGGUGAAUCAGGCUGGUGUUAAACUGACGAGAUCAGACUCCAGAUAUCAGCUAUUAUUCUCAUCAGAUCACUGUAUCAUCACUCUGACUACAACACUCCUGAAU